AGGAGGAAACAAGCAGUGCCGCGCUUUGUGUGCUGAGGGGGGCGAAGCGCCGGGGUCUCCCACUUUCCUUGGAAGCAGUAGCGAGCAGAGGUGCGCCGAGAGAUCGGCCUCGUUGGGACAGUUGGGGUCUCGGCGCGCAGCGACGCCCUUUGGUAUAAGCCAUAUCGACAUUGAAGAAUUAGCAAGCCCAAACAAGUGAAGAUAUAUACCUGUGUGGGUGAGAAUAUAGCAUUAUGUUCCAAGCUAAGGGACCAUCCAGUACAGCCUCUUCUAAUGAAGCAAAGAGCAACAUGGGGACAUCUAUUGUACAGAGAUCCAAGUCAUUCAGCCUGAAGGCCCAGGUGAAAGAGACAUGCAAUGCCUGCCAGAAAACUGUCUAUCCUAUGGAGCGCCUGGUGGCUGAUAAAUUUGUCUUCCAUAACUACUGCUUUUGCUGUAAGCAUUGCCACACCAAGCUAAGCUUGGGUAGUUAUGCAGCUCUCCAUGGGGAAUUCUACUGCAAGCCACAUUACCAGCAGCUGUUCAAGAGCAAAGGCAACUAUGACGAAGGUUUUGGACGCAAGCAGCACAAGCAACUGUGGCUGCAGAAAGAGGUGGAGAAUGGUCUGUGUUGCUUGGAACUGAGGAAAGGAGCAGGUGUUAUUUCAAACAACCAAGUUUGGCAUCCUUUUUAGUGCUGCAAAAUUGAAUAGGAAUGAAGUCAUUCAACAUUUUGGAAUAGUGAUGUAAAAUGUUAAGUUCAGAUCCUAAAAGCUAAAAAUGGAUAUAAGGCACCGACUUUUUUUUCCUGAACUGUACUAUGAUUUGACUUGUUAUAUACUUUACUAUUUAAAAAAAAAAUCAACUUGCAGAGAAAAUCUUCAAUAAAGGCCUGAACCUCUGCUGAGAUCUUGGAGGAUCAUAACCAAGAAUAAGACUUCAAUAUGUUAUUUCCAGUCAGAGACUUGGGCAGCAUCAUCUGCAUUGUGCUGGGAUGUACUGAACUAUUUUGGUGUGUUUAGCAUAAGUGCUACUCCAAUAUGAAGGUGGGCGGGAUAUUUUUGAGCACAUUCUUCAAUCCUGAAGCAUCUACUAAGGAAUUGGACAAUGAUUCAUUCUCCUUAUUUGGCCAGUAGUAAGCGUAACAGAAGCCACUGAAUUUCUUGAUUCUCUGAAAACCGAAAAAAGCACUCACUGAAUUAAUUACAAGGAAUUCAGAUUGAAUGUAUCAGUAUCCAUGUCUAUACAUCUAUAUACUGCAUUGCCAGUACCUCCAGAAAUUAAGUAAGAAAGCACUAUUGCUCCAUUUUAUUACAUGAAAUUGGGAUUGGCUCGCCUCACCUGUGCCAGUAAAAUGUGAAUUCUGGCUAGCAGGGUCUAGGAGAAGAAUCUUUUCUACUGUGGCUCCUGCUCUUUGGAACAUGAUGCUUCCGGAGGUGAAAUCUGAUCCCACCCUUUCGACCUUCUAAAAGGACCUGAAAACCUUACUCUGCAAAUUGGCCUCAGGCCCCCGAUCGGAGUGUGUUAUUUUGGAAGCGGUUAAUAGAUAGAGAUAAUACUUUUUUCUACCCUGUGUGCAUCUUGCUCCCUUUCUUGCCCUCUUUGUUAAUUCUAAGUCAAUUUUAAUGUUAAUAUUUUAAAAAAACCUUUUAAUGUUUUAUCUUGCUGCUUUUAGUUUGUUAUAAGCUGCCUAGAAUUACCUCUAGACAAGAUGGAUAGCAUAUACAUUUAAUAAACAAGCAACGUGUAGGACCUGAGGAAGUAGACAGGACUAUGAGUAGACAGACUGCCCCCCCCCCCACUCCCACCCCAGGCCUUUAGAUCCAUGCCUGUCCUGCCUUGUUAAAGUGGUCCAGAGGUAAGGUGCAGUGUGAGUGGGUUGUGGCAAUGAUUAAUUCUUGAGGGAAGGGAUUGUUCUUUUACCUCUUAGAGGCCUUGAUUCACCCCUUCUUCAAGAAGCAAUUGCUGAACCCUACCAUACCAGACAAUUUUCAUUCAGUACUAUCACCUCUAUUUUGGGGGAAAGGUAAUUGUGCAGCAGAAGACCUUGGAAGAAGUGAAUUAUCUACAUCCCUUUCAGUCAUGAUUAAGACCUGGGUAUGGACAAAAACAGCACUGCUUGCAUUUUUGAAUGACCUCUAGUUUAGAUGGGAUGGGGUUCAUGUAUCCGUGACCUACUUGAAGCCUUAGCAGCUUUUGAUACCAUUGACCAUGGUACCCUUCUGGAUCAGUUCAGAAGAUUUGGGGUAAACGACAUAUUGUUGUGCUGAUUUGCCUCUUUCCUUCUGGGUUGAUUCCAGUUAGUGAUGAUUGGGAAGGAGAGGACCCUCCUUCAACUUCUGCUUUCUGGAAUGGCCCCAAGGUUUGGUAUUUUGUCCUAUCCCUCAUAAACAUCUAUGUGUGGUUGCUGAGUGAACUCACCCAUCCCACUGGGUGAGAUAUCAUCAGUACACAUAUGAUACACAAUUCUGUAUCUCCACCCUGGCAAAUAAAGUGAAGCUGUGAAUGGUCUUAUCCUAAUGUUUGGAGAUUGUGAAGAUCUGGGUGGUUUGGCAAGAGUGAAUGGCUAGAUUUUGGGACUCAUUGUUUCAAUGACUAUGCCAUCUUUGGUACUGGAUUGUGUUACACACAUACACAGAUCCUAUGUGCAACUUGGAGAUCUUCCUAGACUCACGAUCCCUGAUCAAUAAACAAGUGGCAGGAGGCCUAUGCUGCAGGUACAAUCAGCUAAGGACCUACGUUUGGUGGGUCAGAGAUAUGCCUUCUCUGCUAUAGUGCCUGCCUUAUGAAACAUUAUUCCUUUCCAAAAUUAGAUUGGCUCCAUCCAUAUUAUAUUCUGAAAGGGUCUCAAUACCAGACUAUCUGAACAGACCUGAGGCUCCCAGGAACCAGAGACAUGCUUAGAUGACUCCACUGCUGUACUCACACAAUGUUUUUAUUCCAUCUUUGCCAAGAUUUUGUAUAUCUGGUUAUAUAAUUAUUGCUAUUUUCUAUUUGAUUUUUAUUCUUUAUAUCUGUGAUUUUGUAUGUAGUUUUACCUGUUUGUUGUGCUCCUCUCAGAGUCACCUUCAGUGAGAGGGACAGCUAUAUGAACUUGUUUAUAAAUAUACUAAAUAAAUAUUUGCUCAUCCAUGCUAGCACUCAUUGUGAAAUGUAACCCAUAAAAAGUUAUUUCAAAAUAAAUAUCUAUCCUGAAAGUGUUUAAACUAGGAUGCACGUUGGCACCUAUUGACUUCUAUAUUAACUGAAGCCUUAGAUAAGCCAGAUUUUCAUUGUCCCUCACUUUCAGGCCUCAACAUUCCCAUCUUGCUGUACAUUGAUGAAGUAAUUUAUUCAUAUAUCCUAAUUAGCCUUA